AAAAAAAAAAAAAAAAAAAGAAACACGACCACUUCAGCGAAACCACUAUACUACACCGUCUCGCUUAUAUUUUCUCGGGUAGAGACUAUAGAGUGAUAAUUUUCUUUUGGAAACUUUGGAGAGAGUGAAAGGUCGAAGAGGAAGAAAACCUCAAAAGAUGAGGCCUAAGAUCGUUCUUUUUGGUGAUUCCAUCACUGAAGAAUCAUUUGGUGACGGUGGCUGGGGAGCUUCUCUCGCCGAUCUUUUCCGCCGCAAGGCUGAUAUGGUGUUACGAGGAUACAGUGGAUAUAACACGAGAUGGGCGUUAAAAGUGAUGGAGAGAGUUUUUCCGGCAGCGCCAGGAGACGGCGGAGCACAUCCAUCGGCAGUGACUGUAUUUUUUGGAGCCAACGAUGCGUGUUUGCCGGAGAGAUGCUCGGGCUUUCAGCAUGUGCCACUUCUUGAAUACAAGCAGAAUCUUCGCUCAAUUGUUUCGUUUAUCAAGAAUCGUUGGCCACGAACGGUCAUUAUUCUCAUAACUCCACCUCCAAUCGACGAAGAGGCCCGGCUCCGAUAUCCCUAUAUCGAAAACACGAUAGGCUUGCCAGAAAGAACAAACGAAGCAGCAGGAUCAUACGCAAAAGCGUGUGUAGCCGUAGCUAAUGAAUGCCAAAUCUCAGCCAUCGAUCUUUGGUCCAAGAUGCAACAAAUUCCGAAUUGGCAAACUGAAUGUCUAUGGGACGGUUUACAUUUGAGUCGGGUCGGGAACAAAGUGGUGUUUGAAGAAGUUACAAAUGCACUUAAAGGAGGAGGUAUUGGAGCUGAGGACUUAGUUGUGGAUCUUCCCCUCAUUGAAGACGUUGACCCAAAGAAACCUCUCAGAGCCUUUGAUGAGUUUUGAUGCUUUUCAUAAUCAUAAUGUAUCGUUAAUCCUUCGAUAAAAUAAUUCGCUAUUGUUCUCACACACAAAAAUCCGCUCUAGUUGAACCAUAUUUAAGUCUUGCUUAAGUUUGAUUUUUUUUUGGGAUCACAUACGUAAAUUAUCA